CCGUAUCACCCUCUCCCAUCUCCUUAUCCAUCGACAUCUGUCCCUUUACCGCCUCGGACGCAGGUUCAUAUGUCGAGAGUCUCUUCACCGCGCAGGAGCGAAGAUACCCCAAAGCCUGUGCAGUCGCUGCCUACGAGCGCGAAUGGCAGGGUCUCAGAUACAAAGCUGCCUGCGUCGACGUCAAGUAAACCCUCCGUCGUUGCAUCGCCCCCGGCCUCGCCAGCGGCGAAACGAGCGGUAUCGGAGGCCCCGUCUGCACAUUCUGAAGAUAGCGACGAGUUUGAGAACGAGUCUACGGUGCCAGUAGAGGGUGACAAGUCGAACAUCAUAAACAUGGAAAUCUUCCAGCAGAUCCUCGAGCUAGAUGAGGACGACCAGCGAGAGUUCUCAUCGGAGAUGGUGUCGCAGUUCUUCGACCAGGCGAGCAAUACUUUUGAGGAAAUGGAUGAAGCAUUCCAAGCCAAAGAUCUGUUAAAACUCGAGAGCCUCGGGCACUUCUUGAAGGGGUCCUCUGCAGCCCUUGGCGUGCACAAGGUGCAAGCGACAUGCGAGAAGAUUCAAAACUAUGGCAAAAUGUCGCAUGACGAAUUCGGCGAGAGCUUAACGGAGACCGAGGCAUUGAACAAGAUCGAUCCUUUGCUAAAGUCGGGGAAGGUUGAAUACACGGACGCAGAGGAGUGGCUAAGGUCAUGGUACAAGAAGCAAGGGGUCGCUCUCCCGUGAGAGGAGGAUUAGAGAUAUGUGCUCGUCGACGUCCGGUCUAGCAUUGGAACAACACAACAGCGGUAAUCCCCCCUGUCUGAUAUGCGGCACUUUCAUGUACACUACGCGCCCACGCGCGGAUGUCCCAGAUACGACAACCCGUCCACGCUUUGCUUCGAAUUUCCACCUUCUUACAAUCCACAUUCGACCUUUACGUAGCAGCUGCGUCUGUACAGAAGAAUCAAUCGCAGCAUGCGCUUACAGAAAGCCAUCCGCUCUUUUUACGAUUUGCUAGGGACUUCAGCAGAAUUCGAAUC